AUGGUGAACGCGUGGCCACCGAACCCAAUCCGAAUCUCAUCUCUGAUCCAUUUCGGAACACCACUCUCCGUCUCCGCAUUGCAAUCUGCAACAAUGGCCGAUGCAGCGCUUCUUCUGCACGAGACGCAUCCCUUGAAAGAGAUCGUAAUCGACUACACCCCCGAGGCCUGUUCCCACUGCGCCGCCUCCAACACCAUCGCCCUCACCUACGACCACCGCGGCGGGGCUCGGUGGCGCACCGCCACCCGCUUCCACUCCGGCACCUUCAGCGCCCGCAUCCGGUGCCCGGGAGGCGACACGAGCGGCCUGAACUUCAACCUGUACCUCUCCUCCCUUGAGGGGGACAAGUCGCAGGACGAGAUCGACUUCGAGUUCCUCGGCAGGGACAGGAGCCUGGUGCAAACCAACGUCUUCACGGAGGGCGCUGGGAACAGGGAGCGGUUCCACGAACUGGGCUUCGACGCCUCCGAUGGGUUCCACGAGUAUGUGUUCGCGUGGGGGAGCGAGGCGAUUGAGUGGCGCGUGGAUGGGAAGGUGGUGAGGAGGGAGGAGAGGAAGGAGGGUGAGGGUGAGGGGUUCCCCCGAAAGCCCAUGUUUUUGUACGCUUCCAUUUGGGAUGCCAGUGGGAUCGAUGAGGGCAGCUGGUGUGGCAAGUAUUGUGGGAAGGAUCAGCCUUAUGUUUGUCUCUAUAAGGACAUUCGUGUUCCCCUUCGCACUGCUGUCGGUUGA